AACAAAAUCGGGAUAGUUGGCUGUAGUCCAGCCGCGGGCGUUAUUUAUACCGUACGGUCUCACGCCGAGCGCACGGGCUACGGUAUUCUGCGUCGCUCUGACUGGCCGUCAGUGAAACACGUCCCCAGGUACGAGCGGCGCUGCGCUUGAAAAGCCAGCAGCGCCCAAGCCGCUCUUCUAAUUAGGCGAUGCGGCAAAAUUGAAAUCGCUCUGUUGCAGGAGCAUCGCGGCGAGAGCUUCGCGCCGCGCGCGCACUCGCCCGAACACUCGGCGCCGAGCGAGAGCAUAGUGCGCGCUCGGACGCCGCCAUGGCCAGAUCAUCUUUAAUCGCCGCGACGACUUUCUGCCUGCUUCUGCAGUUUGGAUUCGCCAGUCUUAGCCAAUACACGGAUGACUCGGACUAUGACUUUAACUAUUAUUACAAAGAUCUUCCGGAAAAACAAGGUGCGGGACGUGCAGAGGAUGACUUUUACAUUGCGAACGAGUCCGAGGAAGAGAGGAGUCGUCGACUGAUGGUAGAGACGCAAAGUGACCAAGAGACGGAUGUAAGCGCGUGCGACGCGACCACCAAGGCGCCAAGUAGAUGGCCACCUCAAGAGCGCGUCUAUCGUUACACGAAGCACCGAAUCCCUGGUUACGACUACGACGAAUUGCAACUGAGACAAGAACGUUGCGACGAUCGCUCCGUGUGGACGCAUUGUUUAUGUCAGUUCACUUGUGCCCGUCCCAACGUCGUUGACUGUUAUACACCCUGCGAUAGCGGCUGUGAGUGUCGCGAGAAUUACGUGUUCGACGAACGAGCUCGGAUGUGCGUCAGACCCGAGGAGUGCCAGCCUGACGCUGAUUAUUUGCUAUAUUAAUUGUCAAACACGUUCGUUGAUUCUUUUUCAACACCUAGGAUAUAAUGUGUGAGUGUAUGGAUUUCUUUGUUUUGAACGGAACUGAUGGAUAUUGUUGAAUAUCGCGUCUAAUUGCUUUUGUACUUUAUAUUCCUACAACUUUUAAUGCUUUAUCGUUGGACCGAAGACAACCACUUAAAGUUCGUACGUAGAUCAUCUUACGAUUGCGCUUUUCUAUUUUGUUCAAA